AUGCUUUCUCUUCUUCUCUGUUGCUCUUGUAAAGAUUCCAUUCCUCCAUAUAGUGUAACGUCUAUCUCAUCCCAGUCUCACAGACAGAGACCUCUGCAGCCUCCCCAUCUGUCCUCAGUAGUGCAGACUGCUUCUAUUGAACAGUCCUCAGUAGUGCAGACUGCUUCUAUUGAACAGUCCUCAGUAGUGCAGACUGCUUCUACUGAACAGUCCUCAGUAGUGCAGGCUGCUUCUAUUGAACAAUCAUCAGUAGUGCAGGCUGCUUCUAUUGAACAGUCCUCAGUAGUGCAGGCUGCUUCUAUUGAACAGUCCUCAGUAGUGCAGGCUGCUUCUAUUGAACAGUCCUCAGUAGUGCAGACUGCUUCUAUUGAACAGUCCUCAGUAGUGCAGGUCGCUUCUAUUGAACAAUCAUCAGUAGUGCAGGCUGCUUCUAUUGAACAGUCCUCAGUAGUGCAGGCUGCUUCUAUUGAACAGUCCUCAGUAGUGCAGGCUGCUUCUAUUGAACAGUCCUCAGUAGUGCAGGCUGCUUCUAUUGAACAGUCCUCAGUAGUGCAGGCUGCUUAUGUUGAACAGUCCUCAGCUGCGUCUAUUGAACACUCCUCAGUAGUGCAGGCUGCUUCUAUUGAACACUCCUCAGUAGUGCAGGCUGCUUCUAUUGAACACUCCUCAGUAGUGCAGGCUGCUUCUAUUGAACACUCCUCAGUAGUGCAGGCUGCUUCUAUUGAACACUCCUUAGUGGGUUAGGUUGCUUCUAUUGAAGAAUCCUCAGUAGUGCAGGUGGGCAGUGUUCACCUGUUCUCAGUAGUGCAGCCAGGUCCCGUGCACCUGCCUCCAGCAGUCCGGCUGCUUUUAUGCUGCUGUGGAGGAUCCCUCAGUCCUUGUAUCGGUGUCUCCUCCUCACCGGCCGCAGAUCCAUUCACAGACGAGCAGCCAGCCCUCGCAUUGUCUGUGACCGCGCAGUGUGCACUGAGCUCCAGA